UCAGCCCUUCUACCUUCCUUAUCCCGUGGCUCCUCCCUUCCCUUCUCCCUCCCUUACUCCGUGGCUCCUCCCUGCCUCGCGCGCCCCACCCACUUGCCCCCAAGCGAUGAGGCGACGUCCCUGACCGCCAGUCUGAGCGAAGUAACCACUGAGACAGGACCGUUGAAUAAGAGUGUUUCUCUUUUCGUACAAGGACUGGGUCGACUUUCUCGUUAAUCAUGCCGAUUCUUAGUGGAUGUUGUUUUUGCUUCGACCUGAAGGUCGGAUCAACCAUCAUUGGCGCGCUGAACUUGGUAAGUCCUGAGAACCAACUUCAGUCACACUUGCAUUUCUCGACGCUGUUUUCCUGUAGCAAAGCUGGGCCCGACGCCCAUUCAUCCUCACCACCUGACGCCGCGAGCCCAGCCGUCUGGCGGGCGGAGGAACACGAGGACGCGCUGGCAGCUCCUGGUGUUACUCGAUCGUCGGACAUACAAGUCGCCUCGGGCCUGGUGGUCAGUUCUCGAUUUCCUCUAACGUUAUGUUGAUAUUAACGUGGGGACAACUCUGUCGUCGUGUUCUGAUAGCCCGUAAUACUUCCAACUCCAGUCCCCUGUUUGCCCCACUGUUUCUUCUGAAUUUGUGGGUCGUGAUGGCCCAG